AGAGAGAGGAGGGAGGAAAUAAAGAGAGAGAGGAAAAUGAAUCGGAGCCGCUCCUAAAAUCUAGUGACUAGCAUUGCACCAAAUAAGCCACUCCAAAUUACUUCCGCUUUUUUUUUUGUUGAUAUAUAUGUUUUUUCCGCUUUUUUGUUGAGUUUUUUUUUUUUUUUUUUUGGGGAUAAGAGGGAUGGUAUAACAGCUUCCCAUGACAAACUCUCUCUCUUCACAAUUCAUGCACGCACUCUGCAACUGAGCUCUAAAGUUGGCAUACAGAUGCAUCCGUAGCUGUAGAGGCAAAUUACUUUUACUCUUUCUACGUAAUCGAACAAUGUGGCUUUGAUGGGUCACCCAAAUAUGCUCUAAAAGGAGAUAAGGAAAGCAAGAAUCCAUGGAAGGAGUGAAUAACCACACACCUCUUCUGGAUUCACCAAUUAAGGAUCGUGAACAAGCUCAAGCAUCACUAAACAAGGUACGAUACCCAAAUGGGAGAAAGGCACUAAAUCAAAUUUCAAGCACUUCUAAGACCCAAAUUCAACCACCAUGCACUGCCUGCUGGGAUCAAGACUCAUGCCGAAUAGUUCGCUCUAGAACAAAGCUGAUGAAAAUUUUACUGGAUAAAGGGCAGUCCCAAGAAGUCCAAAACUUAUUUGAUAGCUUAAUUGAAGAGGGUCACAAGCCUUCACUUAUCACUUAUACUACGCUGUUGACUUCCUUAACGAUUCAAAAGCGAUUUGGAUCCAUCCCUGUACUUGUUUGUUUGAUUGAAAAGAGUGGAAGAAAGCUUGAUUCUAUCUUCUUCAAUGCUGUUAUAAAUGCUUUCUCGGAGGCUGGAAAUGUGCAAGAAGCCAUUAAAACCUUUUACAAAAUGAAGGAAAAUGGUUGCAAACCAACAACCAGCACUUUCAAUACCUUAAUGAAAGGCUAUGGAAUUGCAGGGAAGCCACAAGAGUCUCUCAAACUAUUAGAAUUGAUGUCCCGUGAAAAUGCAAAACCCAAUCAGAGAACUUUCAAUAUCAUAAUAAGAGCUUGGUGUGCAAAGAAAAAUUUCCUAGAAGCUUGGAAUGUGAUGAAUAUUAUGAGGAGUGCAGGUGUUCAGCCUGAUGUUAUAUCAUAUAACACAUUAGCUAGAGCCUAUACACAAAAUGGUGAGACAUUUAAAGCUGAAGAAUUGGUUUCGGAGAUGCAGAGGUGUGGGUUAAAACCCACUGAAAGAACCUUGGGAAUUAUAGUGAGUGGCUAUUGUAAAGAAGGUGAUAUGAAGAAUGCCAUGAGGAUGGUUUAUGGGAUGAGGGAUCUUGGGGUGCAGCCCAACUUGGUUGUUUUCAACUCAUUGAUUAAAGGAUUUCUCGAUGUCACAGAUCCAGCAGGGGUCGAUGAGGUCCUAACUUUGAUGGAAGAAUUUGGGAUCAAACCAGAUGUAAUAACUUACAGCACCAUCAUGAAUGCAUGGAGCACUGCUGGUCUAAUGGAAAAAUGUAGAGGCAUUUUUUAUGACAUGGUCAAGGCCGGUAUAGAGCCUGAUGCCCAUGCAUAUAGCAUCCUAGCCAAAGGAUAUGUUCGCGCAAGAGAGCCCGACAAAGCCGAAGCCCUUCUCUUGUCCAUGGAUGAUGCAAUGGUAUCCCCCAAUGUUGUCAUAUUCACUACCAUCAUAAGUGGAUGGUGUAAUGCUGCACAAAUGGAGAAGGCCAUGAGGGUCUUCCAAAAAAUGACUGAAUAUGGGGUUUCUCCAAACCUUAAGACAUUUGAAACCCUAAUCUGGGGAUAUGGGGAAGCAAAGCAGCCAUGGAAGGCCGAAGAGAUGCUUGAGAAGAUGGAAGAGGCAGGAAUUUCACUAGAGAAGAGCAGCAUAAAUCUUGUUGCAGAGGCAUGGAUCUCUGUUGGCUUACCCAAUGAGGCAGCGAGGGUUUUAAGUCCUGAAAGGGGUAAAGAGAUAGGGGAGGAGACCUUAAUGGUGGAUGUUGAUAGGAAGCAGAAUUUGGGUUCCUCUGGUUCUGAUUUCUUGAGUGCUAUGGCUGAUCAGAAUGGUGAGGUUGGGGCCAAAAGGAGUAGAGUUGUGUUUAAAGAGGGGGAAUUAUCUUCUUUCAACUGUUAUUGGGCUUCAAAUUUCCUGCUUCUUUCACAUACAGGGAGAACGGGGUUGAGGUCUCCUAUUGUUUGUCUAAAGCAAUCUCAGAUGAAAUAUGGGUUUUGUGGAUUGAUGAUCAGUUCAUGCAGGUUGGUACUUUUGAAUUGAGAGGACACCAUUCUUUUGAAUCGUGCAUUGGUUGAGUUAUUUGUUUUGAAGCUGGGCAUAGACCUUAAACGUGCUCUGAAACAGAACAAAAUCUUCUCCAUCUGUAUCUUGUGAAAUGACAAAGUGAUAUUUAAAUUGCCAAACAGAGUUGAUCUUUUUGAGAAUUCCUUGUAAAUUGCUUAAUUGCAUUGUAUAAUGAAAGAUUUUUAUCCAUCAU